AUGGAAGGUCCACUAUGCGAAGAUAUUUUUAACAUAGGUAGAUAUCUGGUGAAUGGCGUGGAUAUUACUAUAAAGCUAUUUCGGAGUUCCGUUCCCUUUUGUCUGAUGUCCGGCAAGACUGGUCAGGAAUACAUGAUCGAGUUGCAAGAUAUCUAUUUCAAGAUAUGUAAACUGAAAAUGAACAGUGCCCUGAUUCUGACUCACAACAAGCUGUUUGAAAAAUCCAACGCCCUUUAUCCAUUCACUAAAACCGAAGUUAAAAUGAGUAGUAUUCCAUUUUCUCAACAAAGUUACGUGUGGGACAACGUGUAUCAGUCACAUUGUCCGGGUAGACUAGUUGUUGGGUUUGUAAACGGUGAUGGUGUGACUGGAUCAUAUACAAAGAACCCUUUCAACUUCCAGAGUUCAUUUGUGAAAACUGUGUCUUUGUAUUUGGACGGUGUGAGCAUACCAGGUAGACCAGUAGAAGCCGAAGACAUAAGCGCCUACGUGAAUUUAUUCGAGGGAGUCAACAGAUGGGGUCAAGACAGUGGAAAUUACAUUAAAAGAUCCGAAUUUGUUUUGGGUCAUGGAUUGUUUGUGUUCAGUCUAGAACCUGUGUUUGUGGACUCUGAUUAUUUAAGCUUAAUUAAGAGUGGUAAUUUACGGUUAGAAGUACAGUUUAAAUCAGCACUGAAAAACACAGUCAGUUGCAUUGUGUAUGGGGAAUUUCCUAGCUUGAUUGAAAUCGAUCAGACCAGGAACGUGUUUGUUAAAUAA